AUGGUUGUUACUGUUCUCCUUUCUUCUGAGCAGGCGGUGAUUUUACAUUGUUUGUGGAAGAAUGAUUCUUUCAAGAUGGCCAUUAUUCACGGCGCUAAUAAUUACUUGGAUAGGCGACAGUUGUGGCUGGACCUCCUGAAUCACAUCUCUGGUCCUUCGGUUUUCAUGGGAGAUUUUAAUGCGGUAAAGGGCGCUCAUGAGAGGAGUAGCGAUUGUUUGCCUUGUGCCAUUUCUUGCAGGGAUUUCAGGGAUUUCAUUGAAGCCACGAGUUUCAUCGAGCCUUCUUCUGUUGGUUUGAAAUUCACGUGGUCGGGUCGCAGAUUCAUGCCUUCUCAUGUUGAAUCCACUAUUGAUCGUGCUCUUUUUUCUGAGGCUUUUGCGGACAGGUGGGAUGCGGUUUAUACACAAGCUCUGCCUCGGAAUACUUCUGAUCAUUCGCCUCUGGUGCUUCAUUGUGACAAGAAUGUGAGGAGUAAUAGCAGGUUCUUUAAAUUUUUACAUAUGUGGACUCUGCAUGAUGGUUUCCAGCAUAUGGUGGCGCAAUCGUGGCAACAACAGGCCGAGUCUAACAAAGAGCUCUUGGAAGUUCAACAGCUGAUCGCAGAUUAUGGGUAUUCGGAAGAUCUCUUUGAUAAAGAAGUUACUGCCCAAGCAAGGAUUAAUUCUACGCUUUCCAGAAAGCACAGCUUGCUGCAGCAAAAGAGUCGGCUCUUUCAUGAGAAUAGCCAGGAUGAGGUCGAUAUCACUACUAUUGAGGCUUCUAUUGAUCCUAUGAUUGAUGAUUCUCAUAAUGCGCUCCUGACCAAGAUCCCGGACGAGGAGGAAAUCACUGCGGCAAUUUUCAGUAUGGAUGCUUCGAGUUCUCCUGGGCCUGAUGGUUUCACUGGCAAGUUUUUUCAGUCUUGCUGGGCGUUAAUUAGAAACGAUGUUUGUAAAGCGGUGCGCACUUUCUUUGAGAAAACGUAUCUUCCUCAUGGUUGUAAUUCCAGCAUUAUGGUGCUCCUUCCUAAGAAAGACAUGGUGGAUUCUGUUGGAGAUUUGAGACCUAUUGUGUUAUCAAACUUCUUUUAUAAAAUCAUCCCGAAAAUCCUGGCUUCACGGCUGAGUGUGGUUGCUGCUACUUUUGUUUCUGGUAACCAAUUUGGUUUUAUCAGCGGAAGGAAUAUACAUGACUGUAUUAUGCUCGGGUUUGAAGGAGUCAAUUGUAUGCGGCGAAUUGGGGGAGGCAGAAAUAUGGCUUGUAAAAUUGAUAUUUCCAAGACUUUCGAUACCCUUCGUUGGGAUUUCCUGUUCAAAGUUUUAAAAGUGAGUGGUUAUGACGAGAAAUUUAUUUGUUGGAUUGGUGUGCUUCUCCACUCGGCUAGGCUUUCUAUUUUGUAUAAUGGACAGUCCCAUGGCUAUUUCCCCUGCUCUAGAGGCGUUAGACAAGGAGACCCUCUUUCGCCCAUUCUGUUUGCCAUUGCGGAAGAGGUACUUGGUGCUCUCUUUAGUAAUUGUGUUGCUUCAAGGCACUUGGUUCCUAUGACAAUGAAACGUGGCAGCAUCUUUCCUACUCACUUACUUUAUGCGGAUGACAUCUUAGUGUUCUGCAAGGCUUCCACUGGCAAUGCUACUACCAUUCAGAAUAUUUUGUCCUUUUAUGGUUCUCUGUCUGGGCAAAGUUACAACGCUGCCAAGUCGUAUGUUUAUUUCUCAGAUAAAGUUCCUAAUCAUCUUCGGCGCGCGGUGGGACGGAUUAUGGAUUUCAAGAAGGGGGCGCUGCCGUUUACAUAUUUAGGCGUCCCUCUUUUUGUUGGGAGGGUUCAUGCUAAUGUUUUGAGGCCUAUCCAUGAUAAAAUUGUGAAUAAAUUUUCACGCUGGAAAGGCAUGAAACUUUCCAUGGCGGGGAGGGUCUGUUUAGUCAAGUCGGUGAUCCAGAGUUCUUUGACGCACUCUAUGAUGAUCUACCGGUGGCCGAGAUCUUUGCUUAAAGACCUGGAUGCUAAAUGCAGGAACUUCAUCUGGACUGGAGAUGCAAGUAAGCGGCCUUCUCAUACGGUUGCUUGGGCGAGAGUUUGUGCGAUCAAAGAGGAAGGUGGACUGGGCAUACGUUCUUUCUCCAUGAUGAACAAGUGUUUCCUUAUGAAACGUGCGUGGAAUAUCAUUAAAGGGAGGGGCUUCGGAUAUGAUUUGAUGAGAGAUAGGUAUCUCAAGACCUUCGGCCAGGUGAAAGGCGUGGCUGCCCCUUCUUCGAUUUGGUUAGGUGUGCGCAGUGAGAUUCCUCAACUUGUCAGCGACUCGUACUGCUAUAUUGGUACUGGGGAGUUAACUAGCUUCUGGAACGAUGAUUGGCUUGGCUUCAGGAUUGCGGAUAAAUGUGGUGUACCUCAUUUUGUUCGCGACUUUCUCAAUCAGUAUGUGGCGGAGUAUUUCUAUGAUGGAAUAUGGCAUUUUACACAGAAUUUCAUUGAUGCCUACCCGGAUAUUGUUUGUGCCAUUCUGGUUCUCCCGGUCGGUGAAGAUAGAGAUACUAGAUUUUGGAAACCUUCUCUUCACGGUGAGGUUACUUCCGCCUUGGCUUUUGCACACCAUUGUCAUAGAUUUCCGAAGGUCAAAUGGGGAGCUUGGAUUUGGGAACGGCAUAUUCCUGUUCGGAGAUCUCUGGUCUGCUGGCGGAUUCUUCACGGAAGAAUGCCAACUUUGGAUCGUCUUAUCCAGCAUAGUCUCAUCACGCCAAAUCGUUGUGUUCUCUGCAUGGCCGAUGCCGAGACCAUGGAUCAUAUUUUCUGGAAAUGUCCUCAGGUUAAGACUAUUUGGGCAGAGUUUCUCAGCUGGUUUAAUCUUGGGAGCUUUUUGGAGGUCGAAGAUAUUCACAGUUUUUUGGUGGUUGCUUGGAACAGAAAUGGGUGCGUUUUCGAAGAUACUAAGUUUGUUGGUAAACAAGUCAUCCAUUUCAUCAAAGUGGCGUUUCUUGACAUUGAGCAGAAUUUUAAGAAAAUCGGUUGCAUGCCUAAUACUUGUCACGAUCUGAAAGUGUUGAGAAAUCUGGGGGUUAGACCGCGAUCUGCUCCUCCUCCUUCUUUUAUUAACGUCUACUGGUGGCCUCCGCCUAAUCAGUGGAUCAAAGUUAACACUGACGGCUCGGCUCUUGGAGCUCCGGGGAAGAUUGCGGCCGAGGGUGUCUUCAGGGAUAAGUUCAGCUGGGUUCGGGGAUGUUUCCACAUCAAAGGCGGCAUUGGCUUCGCUUUUGAAGCGGAAUUAUUAGCUGUUAUUUCGGCAAUUCAAAUUGCUUUUCACAGGAAUUGGAAGUAUCUGUGGAUUGAGUCGGAUUCUACAUACAUUGUGAAUUUGCUUCAAGCUCGGUCGCUUGAUGUACCUUGGCGGUUUGCAGCACGUUGGAAGGGGGUUUUGGCAAUUCUAACAAAUUUUAACCUCCAUGUUACGCACAUUUUUCGUGAGGGAAACAAAGUGGCUGACAUUUUAGCGGCGAACAAUAUGCAGGAAGGAUGGUGGCCGAUGGAGAUUGAGCCUAUAAAGCAGGCGGUGAGGGUGGACAUGAACUGUCAUAGCCAUCUUCGGAUGGUGCGGUAA